AAUUCGGUACAACAACAGUUAUUUAUUAACUGUUAAGCAAAUGUUCAUUUAAAGUUUAUUUGGGAAUGAACUUGAUCUGUAUAGCAACUCAUCGAUAAUUGGCGGCGCAGUGCCUUGCUGUAAGCGGUUUGCUGCUGAGUAGUGACAUUGGUCAUUCGCAGACAUGGCGGAGGAGGAAACGAGUGUGAGUGAUGAUGGCUCCCUAGAUUUGAAUACAGUUUUUGGUCUGAGACUUCGAGGUAGAAAGGGAGCUCUGAAAAAGAAAAAUGUGUACAACGUGAAGGACCAUAAAUUCAUCCCACGUUUCUUCAAGCAGCCUACAUUUUGCAGCCAUUGCAAAGAUUUCAUAUGGGAAAGACUAUGUAAUCGCCAGAUUUCGCAGUAUGAUGAAACAAGAUUACACUCAACGAUGCACUAAACAUUAUUUAAAUGCAGUAUUAAGAAAUUUGUAUUAUAAUCACAAAUGCCCACGCUGUUACUAAAUAAGAUGGUAUGGAAGGGGCGUUAAAAUAGACGAAUCUACUACACAGCGCAACAACCCAGAAGACAGAAAUCUUCAUACUCUGA